AUGGCUCUCAGCCAAUCAGAAUCAAGGAAAGUUGUGAGACCCGACAACUUACAAGGUGCUGAUGCAUUUUUGGUGCCAGUAAUCGGCAGUAUCAUCGGGGUCGGUGCUGCAACGGUCGCUCUACCAGCAGCCCUCGGGGUGGCAGGAUUCACCGCAGCGGGGAUUACGGCUGGGUCGAUGGCCGCAGGAAUGAUGUCAGCAUCAGCAAUAGCAUCGGGCGGAGGAGUUGCCGCAGGAAGCGUAGUAGCGGUGUGUCAGUCAGUUGGAGCCGCUGGAUUGUCAUCUGGUGCCAUUGCGGCAUUGGGCGGCGCCGGUGCCGCAAUUGCCAAUGCUGCUGGUCCUUAA